AGAGAGAGAGAGAGAGAAAACAGAAAGCUCCAAUUGAAUUGAGCUUACAUGGCAGAACCUUCUCAUUUUCAGAUCUCUGUAUGAAAACGAAAACUCCCUCUCUCACUCUUACAAACCCCACAUUCAAUUCUCUCUCCAACUCCCACCUGUUUUUUCUUCUUCUUGCAGAAUUCACUCUUACAUGCAACUUUAUUACAAACACAGUGAUCAAACAUUCAAACUUUCAUGGAAUAAUAACACGUUCAGGUGAAAAAAAAUGGAAGAAUCACGGAGCACUUUCUUCUUCUCCGCCGCCGCCGUUAUCUUCUUCCUCCUCGUCUCAUCUCCUCCAUUCUCAACUGCACAGCUAGCUCCAACAGAAAACAGAAUUCUCUUCCUCGUUCAGCAGUUUCUCGAAUACCCACCAUCUCUUCAAUCAUGGAACAACUGGACAAACUUCUGCUCCACUCCCCCAAACCCUUCUCUUACAAUCAUCUGCUCCGACAACCACAUCACCGAGUUAUCCAUUGUCGGAAACAAAACCUCCCCUUCUCACAUCAACCCCAAACCCUCUCCUUCAAACUUCGCAGUCUCCGAUCAAACCCUCUCCGAAAGAUUCUCGAUGGAUUCUUUCUUCACCGUGCUGACCAAACUCUCGAAUCUUCAGAAGCUCUCGUUGGUUUCUGUCGGAUUGUGGGGGCAGUUGCCGCCGAAGGUUAACCGGUUCCGAUCGCUGCAGGUGUUGAACUUGAGCUCGAAUUUCAUCUAUGGUGAAAUCCCACAUUCUGUUUCGACUUACCAGAGUUUGAAAAGCUUGAUCUUGAGCGAUAAUCUGUUCAACGGGAGCGUUCCGGAUCUAAGCGAGUUGUCGUUUCUCGAAGAAGUCGAUUUGAGUAGCAAUUAUUUGGGCCCGGAGUUUCCGUCUCUAGGCGGCAACAGUAAUCUCGCCCGUAUCUCGCUUGCGAACAACUCUUUCCGAUCCGAAAUCCCGCUGGAUUUGAAGAAGUUGUCGAAUGCACUCCAAGUGUUCGAUGUUUCGUCUAACAGGCUAGUCGGCCCGGUUCCUUCGUUCUUGUUCUCGAUGCCGUUUAUCCGAUACGUUAGCCUCGCGAAGAAUCAGUUCAGUGGGGGUUUCGCGCCGAACGUUUCGUGCGGUGGCGAUCUCGCGUUUGUGGACGUUUCGAGUAAUCUUUUGAUCGGGAAGUUGCCUGCUUGCCUUUCGCCGAACGUGGGGAACAAGACGGUUAUUAUCAUGUGGAAUUGUCUGUCGAAUACAACCUCGAAGUAUCAGAGACCAACUUCUUUCUGUCAGAAAGACGCGUUAGCAGUUAAGCCACCCGCAAGAAGAAACCAGAACGACGGAUCGACUCUGAAACUCGGAAUCGUACUUGCGAUUAUAGGCGGUGUUGUGGUUGUUUUAGGCCUAUUGGGAUUCUUGAUUCUUGUUAUUUUCAGAAGGGUGCAAAAGAGAAGAGGCAGUGAGUACAAAUGCGACAGCUUUGUGUUCGAGAAAAACGCGAAUCCGAUUCGAGGAUCUCCACUUGGAAGGCAUGUGCCUCAGCCGAUGAGGAUGACCUCGAUCGGACUGCCACCGUAUCACGUGUUCACACUCGAGGAAAUGGAAGAAGCAACGGAUAACUUCGACGCGUCUAAUUUAGUCGGAGAAGGAUCGCAGGGUCAGCACUACAAAGGAUGGCUAAGAGAUGGAACAGUGGUCCUAGUAAAAUGCCUAAAGCUAAAGCAGAAGCACUCGCCGCAAGCUCUGCAGCAGCACAUGGAAGUCGUUUCGAAGCUGAGGCACCGCCACCUAGUCAGCGUAAUCGGCCACUGCAUCGUCACCUACCAAGACCAUCCAAACACCGCCAGCACCGUCUUCAUCGUCCUCGAAAACAUUUCCAACGGCUCACUUAAAGACCACCUCAUCGAUUGGAGAAAGAGGGAAGUACUGAAAUGGCCACAGAGAAUGGCAAUAACGAUGGGAAUAGCAAGGGGCAUUCAGUACUUACACACGGGUGGUGUUACCGGGAAUGACCUCAAAAUCGAGAACAUUCUUUUGGACGACAGCCUCUCUGCUAAAAUUAACAGUUACAACAUUAACUUGCCGUCUAAGGUUGGUGCAGAAAGCCCACUUAACGGACAAGAUCCCUCAAAUCAGACAAGCAUCGAAAAUCCGGAAAAAGAAGAUAUUUACAGGCUGGGAGUUAUUCUGAUUGAGGUUAUGAUUGGUAGACCUGUAAACUCUCAGAGUGAAUUAGAUGACCUCAAGUUUCAGUUUGAGAGGAGCUUAGCGGAAUCGCCGUCGAAACUACGAGACUUGAUAGAUCCGUCCAUGCGAGGGACAUUUGCUUACGAGUCGUUGAAGACGGUGGUGCAGAUAACGAUAAACUGCUUGUCGAAGGCGGCGGCGGGGCGGCCGACGGUGGAGGAUGUGCUGUGGCAUAUGCAGUACUCUGUUCAAGUACAAGAAGGGUGGACUAGCAGUGGGAAUCUAAGUGGGAAUCUUAGUGGAAACCUUAGUAACAAGUUGUAGUGAUGCCAUAUAUACAUGUAUAUGUUCAUAUGUAUAUGGUGUGAGUUGAAGUAUAUUACAGGGGGAACAUGUGUUAUUUGAAAUACCUAGUCCAAACAAAUCGGUUUACUAAUGAUUUAUUUUUUAUUUUUUUUUUA